UCCAUCAGUGUGUUUGUGUUUAAUUCUCUGUAGCAACCAGCAAAACACACUCAGGAAUUCAACCUGCUUUCAGCCGCUCAGGGUCACGAUGGAGAAAUACGCCUCAAGAUUUAAGGAAGUUCUCCUGACACCUGAGCCCUACUACAUCCCGGGGUUUGCUGGCUACUGCCCACAGCUCAAGUACACUGUGGGGAAGUCUUAUGGUAAGCUCACAUCCCAGCUGCUCAGCAGUCCUGAGGUGAAACACUCAACUCGUCUGGACCUUCACCAGGAACUCGUCCCCUCUGCAGAGACCGACUCUGAUGGGACAAUGAAGAUGCUACCAGGAUACACAGGCUUUAUCCCAAACAGGCAGAACUACUUUGCCUGCCGUUACUCUGAAACAUGUCGCAGAGCGCUGACUGAGUUUGACCAGGAGAGACGUGCGAGGAUCCAACGGCAAUCAUCAGACCUGCCAGCGGUCGCCAACUGUAGCAACUGUCAGUUUAAAAGACCGAGUCCCCCCUUUACAGCAAUCUCCGACAAGGUCUUCUCCUACAAACCCUUGAAGCCCGUAAUACCCCUCGGAAGACCGUAUGCAAUGGGUGACGAUGACCCAAACAAGUACUUCAUCUCAGGUUUCACAGGACACGUACCAAAAUCUCGCUUCCUAGUCGGCAAAGGCUACCCAGUCACUACCAACCAGGCACUGAUCCAGUUUGGGGCGCAGCGGCGGAGUGACGCCACAUCCCAAAACUUCACAGAGAGAAAGGAAACCUCAGUAGCCGCCAAGUCCACAAUCUAUCCGUCAAACAGCGGCGUGGUGCCAGCGUUCACAGGACACAUUCCAGGAUAUAAGUUCAUGUACGGACAAACCUUUGGUCAACUUUCCCAGAAUGCAAUGGAAAAGAGCGGGAUCAAGAGAAUUCCUCGGGACAAGUUAUAAAACCAUCAAUUAAAUGUUAAAUACUGGCAAGAUCAA